AGCUACGCGGCGAGUUCGAGGAGAGGUCCUUUCCCUCCCCGUCCGAAGAGCUUAUAUAGUACGACCUGCAUGUAAUGUGAUUCGCGACAAGGAGGGGAGGAAAUCUAUCGAAUAAACUUAUAGUGUAAAGGUCUUUCAGAACAAGCGAUUGCGAUACGAAACGUCUUGAAGGAAAUCGCCAAGAUGAAGAUCCGUUUGCCCAAGUUCUCGCUGCUGAGGAUGUUCGUGUGCGUCAUCAUCGUGCCCACGGGCAUGGUUCUCAUCACCAUCGCUACCAUGCAUCACGACCCGCGCGAGUACAAGGUAACCCACGAGGUGUUCCUGGAGCUGGAGGCGGACGGGAAGCCGAUGGGCACGGUGGUCGUCGGCCUCUUCGGCGACACGGUGCCGCGGACCGUCAAGAACUUCAUCACCUUCGCCAGCAAGGGCUACGCCGGCUUCAAGUACGAGGGGACGCCCAUCCAUAGGGUCAUCAAGAAGUUCAUGAUACAAGGAGGCGACGUAGCUACGGGCGACGGCAAAGGCUCCAUCAGCAUCUACGGCGAGAGCUUCCCGGACGAAAACUUCGAAAUCAACCACUCGGGGCCAGGCUUCGUCAGCAUGGCCAACAGAGGGAAGGACACCAACGGAUGCCAGUUCUUCAUCACGACCAUCGCGACGCCUUGGCUCAACGGACACCACGUCGUCUUCGGAAAGGUGGUCGAGGGGCAGCCGAUCGUCCACCAGAUCGAGUACAUGGCCACCGACUGGAACGACCGGCCGCUCAAGGACGUCCGGAUCGCCAAAUCGGGUCGUCGCUCCGUCAAGACGCCCUACUACAUCAGCGACGACCCGUACAACCUGAAGGACUGGCUGAAGACGAUCAGCGUGCCCCUCGGCCUCUCCUUCUGCAUCAUCUACGUGUUCAACUAUUUCAUCAAGAUGCUGGACAGGAGCAUCAUCCCGGACGACGGGUCUAUGGAGAUCGAAGACACGGAGAUAGGCGAGCCAAAGGAAGGAGAGAAAGAGAAGGAGGAGGAAGGGACGAAGAAGAAGGAGGAGGAGAAGAAGGAGGAGAGGAAGAAACCGCUGGCCGUGAAGGACGAAGGCGGGGAGCUGAGAAGACGCAAGACGGCGGAGAAGAAGUAGUGAGAGCGAGCGCGGCUUGUCCCGGCCCGCUUGCCACGGCGCGCCGGAGGCUGUCGGUUUCCCUCAGGGAGUCUGCCAGGAAGGGGACCCCGUUUUGUCUGAAUAAAAGCUGCUGUGUA